AUGAGAACAGCUCAGAACUGGCUAGGAGAACUACCAGAAAAUCAGCGACGUCGUCGUCACAGAUUGGACGGGUCACGGUCAAGAGGCGAUUGCAGUCUUACUGCACAAUCUGUGAAUAACCAUAUAGUCCAAGAGGUUCAGUUACAAAACAGAUCUUUGUGCUUAAAGCAAAUUAUUGGCGAGCUAGAACAAGACUUCAAGACAAGACCAUCACUUGAGUUACAACAAAAUCGUUUCAGCAGAAGUUUACCAAACAUUUGUGACUUACGUUUGACUGAAGUAGCACUUCAGAAUGCUACAGCAUACAAGCAAAACAGUCAACCAUUGACACUUUCGAAUUCAUUUCCAGCAAUAGAAAGAAUCUUGAAGGAGAAAAUAAAUUAUUCGCGAUGGAAAUGGAGGCAUUAUACAGAGCCAAAGAUAUAUAACCAAAUGUGGCGAUCGUUAGGCAAAGAUGUCCAUGAACGUGAUAGGAAUAGCAAGCGAGAGAAAGCACUCUGUAGCGGUCUUGCCACGCACAGCAACGAACACAGGAAACGACAACAGUCAGAAAACAAACCGAAUCUGUCCACACAGAUAUCAAGGCCAGAAGGAAAAUCAAACAAAAGCUCUUGGCAUAGGUCGAAACGUCACGUACUACCAAGAAUUCUGUUAACUGACUGA